UCUCUGGUACGUGCAAGUCAGUGUGCCAUCUUUGCCUUUGCCGUUGACUUCACCUCCCACCGCCACCACUGCCGCUUCCGCUCCAGCCACUGCCGCUGCCAGCGAGCAUCACUGGUAUUACCGUUUGUUCCUGCAUUCGCUUGCAGUUCCGACACCUCACCGCCCGAGGGAGAGGAGAGUGAGAGAGAGGAAGAGAGAGAGUGAGAGUGAGCGAGAGAGAAAGAAGGGGAGAGGACAAGCAGCUGGACCUGCCCGCUGCCCGCUACAUCCACAUUCACACCCACACCCACACCCACCCUCACACCAGCAACUGCUGCUCAAGAGCAUCAGCUGCUCACCUGACACCACAGAAGGCACUGGACACCAACUACCUCACCUUCCUGCCUGCCUCCCCGCCCGCCCGCCUGCAUCUGCGCGCGGACACGUCGAUGGUGGUCCAUCUGAUCUGGUCGAUCAACAACCAGUCAUAACUCCAACUACCGCCUCUUUCACUCCACUUCAUCUUACCCGCCGCUAGCCUGUGCUGUAAACAUGUCUCGGCACCCGCGAGAAUAUCCGGUGGCCGACCGCUACGACGACAGCCAGAGCGAGUUUUACCGACGUCCCCGCCGAGAUCGUGACUACGACGACCUGGAGGUGGACAUCACCCGCGAACGAUAUCCAGACGAACGACGACCCCGUCAAGAGACGCUGGUCAAGGAACGAGAUACCGUCGUGAGUGAGCGUCGUGGGCCUCGCCUGCCAGACUUCUUGCGAGAGGAUUAUGGCAAGUCGUCGUCUUCAGGGCAGUUGGUCAUUCGCGAAGAGAGACGCGAGGAUGACGCCUCAAGCAGAGCCCCAACGAGACGGCGACGCAGUGUAGAGUCCGCGCGUAGUCGCCCCGCCCCAGAAAGAAGCGAAGAGGAGACCAAAAUUGUGUUUCGAGAGCGCGAGCGGGAGCGACGACCACCAUAUCCAGAAACCCAGGCAGACGAAAAGGAGGAGAUCAUAUUCAGGGAACGUACACGAUCACGGCCCCCACCCCGUGAGCGAGGUGGUGAGAAGGAAGAGAUCGAUAUCAGAAUCACUCACGAUGAACGUGAGCGCCGACCAUCACCACCUCGUAGUGAAGCGCCGCCACCUAUCGAGGAGAUUCGCUUCAGACGAGGAGGUGGCGAGAGACCUGGCCCACCACCUUCAAAACCGGUCGAGAGAACUGAGAUUGACAUUCGCGAGCGUGAGCGUAGCGCUGCACCGCCGCCACCGCGUUCGCGAGUUGAAAGGGAGGAGAUUGACAUCCGAGAGCGACGCUCACCAGCCCCGCCACGCAGUGAGCGAGGAGAGAUGGACCGAGAAGAAAUCAUCUUUCGUGAGCGCCGCUCUCCACCAGGACGUGGACGUGCCACUUUCGAUGAGAUCAAAAUACGCGAGAGCAGCGCUCCUCCGCCCCGUCAUCGCUCUGCGAGUCGGCCUCAGCUCAUUGCCAGGAAGGAGGAAGAGUGGAUAGUGCGCAGACCACGAACACCCUCGCCACCUCCACCACGAGACUACGAGAAAGAAGAGAUCAUCAUCCGAAGAAGAAAGGAGCGCACUCCCUCGCCAGAACCAGAACCGGAACCGCCUCGCGAGCCAACUCCAGAGCCUUCGCCGCCGCCUCCACCACCAUUAGAGCCCAUCUAUCGACCACCAAUCAUUCAAGAAGUAAUCACUCAUCACCGCCACAUUGACCACGGCGUUGAGCGUGCUCGAUCACCAACACCUCCUCCUCCACCUCCAGCUCCUGCACCGCCGAGCCCACCGCCACCGGAGACCAGAGAAGACAACCUGGAGAUUGAAAUUCACCGCAAAGGUAUGCGUAAUGGUAAAGCAUACGAAGAGGAUUUUACCAUUGAAAAGGACUCCUGGGACCGUGAGGAUCGUGUUGUCGAGCGCCGCCGUUCAGUCAGCAUCGAUCGGAAGCGAUCUAUGAGUGUCGCUACACGUCGGCGCUCACCCUCACGCAGCCACCGUCAUUAUGAAGACGAACUUGACGAAGAGGCAGAGUACUACAACCGCAAGAUCUCGUCUCGGGCAUAUCCCGGCGAAGCGUACAAUGGUGCGACGAGAGAUUGGGGCCUUGUCGACAUCCCUCCCGGAACUGAGCGUGUCCGAAUGGACGGGAUCGGUGGCGGAGCUCAAGAAAUCACUUGGGGACGUUACAAUGGUGAGAGGCGUGGCAAAUUCAUCUCGGGUGAUCGUGUCUACGAGACCCCAUACGGUAAUGGAUACGCAUCCCCGCCACCGCUUCCAGCACCCGCGCCUCCUCCGCCACGCGAAGAACGGAGAGAAACCAAGGAGGAGAUCAAGAUCACGAUGGAUCGGCGUACGGGCGGCAGUAGCCAUAAGAAGCGCGACAAGAUGUGGACUGAAGUCACCAAAGACUUGGUGAUCAAGGAAGCCAUCGAGGAGAUGGGCUAUGAGUAUGAAGAGAGUGAUGAGCACUUCUAUGUGAUGGAAUACCUAAAAUAUGAAGACGUACUCCAUCUGGUGGAAGUGACCGAAGACAUCAAGCGGGAGCGCCGUGAGCGUAUACGCGAGCUUCAGUGGCAGAGGGAGCAGCGUGAAGCUCGUCCCAAGAUGAUAGCACCACCUCCUCCUCCGGUACCAGCACCACCAAAAUCUGCUUAUGACGAGCGCAUCUACGAGCGCGAAAUCAUCAUUGAUCGCGACGGUCGCAGAUAUCGGCACUAGAAUGUCCGUGGAUGAGCAAAAGAGAUAUGGACUGCAGCAGCAUCAGUGAGGCUAGAAAUUUGAAAAAGAGGCAGCGUUCAAGCGAAGAGCGAUCAGUUACAGACAGGCACGACAUUCAUAGCGACAACCUGGGAAUGGAAUAGAGAGACAGGCAUACGUGCAUUGCUUGCCAGCAGUCUACGACGUAACGAAAACCAACGACAUGCAUUAGUGAGCAAGCAAAGCACUGGUGCGGCGGUAAUCUGCUGGGCGCUGGGUGGCUGGCUCAAUGAUCCGGAUAGCUUUAGUAGUGGUGUGUUUAUUUGAAAUUUUCGUAUAUUCAUCGCAACAGGUUACACGUAC